AAAAACUGAGCCGUGGUGAUUCAUGUUUUGCUUUCUGUCCACAAAGCAGAUGUUAAAAGGAAGUUCCUGUAUAUGCUAAAGCAGUAACCUCUAUUUAUACACACCAAUGCAAAUACUGGUAGCCAUGGUUCCCUAAAAUAAAAGACAAGUCAUGCACACCAUGUUUUAUUCCUGUUUUCAGAUGUACUUACCUAUCUUAUUUUUUUAAGUACUGGGAUACUGCAAUAGGUCCCAGUGUCAGUUCGGCCCAGGUUCAACUACAUCACUUUUUCAUGUGUUUUCUUUUUACUGUUUUUACAUAUUCAACACCUCUUAAACACACUCUUGAGCAGUAUUCAAACGUGGAUUUAUAAGAUGUGGCCUUGCGCUUCAAUUUAAGAGUUCACUUUAACACUUUUUAAGAAACCUAAUUGGUGACGUGAAGGUUUGUGAUUAACCAGCAGUAUCCUUCAGGCGGUACAGUACAGAGUACAGCAGAUUUUGUUUUGUCCAUGUUCAAAUCACGUGUCGAAAGUGCGACUCUGAACCGACUUCGGCCGGAUACAUUUACCGACGUCACAUCUCGAGCGUUACUGUGCCACGGAGCAGUUUCUGUGAUAUUCCAGACUGUAAAAUAACGGCAGCAAUGGCGUUGGAACUGACCGAAGAGCAGCUGAAAAUAACCGAGAGCCAGCUGAAGAGACAUUUCCCUCGGUCACUACAGGCUUACGGUUAUCUGGUCCUGCUGAACAGACCAGACGGGGUCAGAGCUGACCCUAUAAAGGUUUUAGUGGACAGAUGGCCAGACUUCAGUGUCAUUGUCUUCAAACCAGUGUGUGAACAGAAAGGGGAUCUCUUUAAAGACACAGCAGUUUAUGCGACUGAUGAAGGUAUUCUAGAGGAAACCAUUAGGAAGCCCUCUGUUAUUGACUGGAGCAGAUACCUUUGUUUCGGAGUCAACCUUCGCCACAUUGACAUAAUCAAAGCAGUGGCGACAGAAAAAUGUUUGCCCAGCCAGAAGAGGUCAGUGUGUCAUGUGAUGAUGCUGGAGGAUGUGUCAAACCUUCCCUCCAUAGACAGCUCAGGGAUCUCACUCAGCUCUGUCGAUGAAUCGCACGUUGGUGUGGUGAAUCAGACGUGGAAGUUUGCCGAGAGCGACGAGUCUGUCAGGAUGAUCCGGAACAUGCUUGCAAGCUACCCCUCCUGCUGCGUGCUGGAUGCAGACUCAAAGCCUGUGGCCUGGAUCCUGACAUAUAUGUCGUGUGCCAUGGGGAUGCUGUACACUCUGCCAGAGCACAGACGGAAGGGAUAUGCCAAAAUCCUGAUCAGCGCCAUGGCCAAGAAACUCCACGCUCAGGGCCUCCCAGUGUACUGCUUCAUAGAGGAGGAGAACAUUGUCUCCUACAAACUCUUUAAAAACAUGGGCUUCACUGAGGAUCCCUCAUACAGGGCAACAUGGUUUUCAUUCAAUGAGCUUUAAAUAGCUCAAAUUUGGGUGAAAUACAGUUUAAA